AUGGCAGACAGCAUUUCAUACGUGAAGAGCUUACCCGAAACAAAACUAUCAAAAUCUGAGAAGAAAAAGGCCAGAAAGCAAGCAAAAUCCAGGCACACAUUACUGAGACAUGAAGGUAUCCAUACGUCAAAGGAACCAACAAAACACCUGAUCGUUGGCAAUGGAGGACUUGGGAACGGCGUCAGUCGUGACGACCUGAAGCCGCUCUUCAGUCAGUAUGGUCAGCUGACUGAUGUUGUUAUGUUACCAGGGAAACCCUAUAGCGUGAUAUGUUAUUCAUCGAUCCACGAGGCUAUAUCUGCAUAUGAGAAUCUACAAGCAUGGCAACUUUGUUCGACUGAGUCACCUGCGAGUGGUGUCAUCCUAUACUUGUCUUAUAUCAAUGAAGUCCCUCGUCCUAAGAUGAGCAGCGGUGACCGAAGCCUUCCUCCUGGUUUGAUUCUUAUUGAUGACUUCAUAACGCCUGAGAUGGAGAAGGAGUUGAUGCAGAGUGUCCAGUGGGAGAAACAAGAGUCAUGUCAGGACGUUGUUCAGCAGACACUGAAGCACAGGAGAGUCCAACACUUUGGUUAUGAAUUCAACUACGCUACAAACAACAUUGAUAAGGGGAACCCCCUACCGGAUCCAAUGCCAUCCCUCUAUGAUGAUGUCAUCAGUCGAAUCAUGGCAACUGGAUUGAUCCAGUUCAGACCGGAUCAGAUUACAGUCAAUGAAUACCAGCCUGGCCAAGGGAUACCUCCUCAUGUCGACACCCACUCAGCAUUCCAAGAUGCCAUCCUUUCCCUCAGUCUUGGUUCUCAGGUUGUUAUGGAAUUCACCAAUCCAACUGAUGGUCGUCAAAUUCCGGUGUUCGUACCACGGCUUAGUUUGAUGAUAAUGACUGGGGAGGCAAGAUAUCUGUGGUCACAUGGAAUUACUCCAAGAAAGAGUGACAUCAUACCAUCUCACAACGCUAUGGCCAAUAGCGAUGCAGUAUCUGAUGACAUCAGUAAGACGGAGGAUGGUCUGACAUUGAAGCAUCGAGGGGUUAGAAUGUCUUUUACUUUCAGGGCAGUCAGGGGAGCUCCGUGUCAUUGUGGUUGUCCCACGCGUUGCGACACUCAACAAAGCUCAGCCACUGCUGACCUUCGACCCAGUGACCCAUCACUUCCUGCCUUGCCGACCUCUGACCUACAGGCAAUGCAUCUUGAAGAGACACAUGUCCAUAAGGUUUAUAACAACAUCGCAGGUCACUUCAGCGAGACGAGACAUAAACCUUGGCCCCAGGUCACAGAGUUCUUGAAGGAGCUGCCAAUGGGUAGCAUCCUCCUUGAUGUGGGUUGUGGGAAUGGGAAAUAUCUUGACGGUAAUCCAGGCUUAUUUUCGAUUGGUUGUGACCGGAGUGUGAAGCUGAUUGAGAUUUGUAAGGAGCGUCGAUUUGAAGCCUUCACCUGUGAUGGCUUGAACCUGUCUAUAAGGAAUUCCUCCGUUGAUGCUUGUAUAUGUAUUGCAGUCAUUCAUCAUUUCUCAACAGAGAAUCGGAGACUGGCAGCCAUUGAAGAGAUAAGUCGAGUUCUACGACCCGGCGGACUAGCCCUCAUCUAUGUCUGGGCUAAAGAACAAGAGAGGCAGCAGAAGAAGUCUCAUUACAUCACAAACGCAUCUCAUAAAACUAAGAUGGUGGGCAAGAGUGUCGGAGAUACAACUAGACAAACUGAAGAUAUGAGAAGAGACGAGAAGGUGGGUGAGUUGAGCGAGGGGUUAUUGAAUGAGGAUGUGAAGAGUCCUGUUUCUGAGGAUCCUUAUUUGAAUUGUCCCACUAGCCCGAACCCAAAGCAGGAUGAGAAGGGACAGACUAAUCUUAAAGUUAAUUCUGUCGCCUCUGCUUCAGCAUUUAAUGCAAGGACUCAACUAGGAGCAACAAACUCUGAUUUUACAGUUGAGAAUGAGGCAUCUGAUGUGACGGUUGUUUUGGGUAAUGAGGAUGCCACGAUACACAAUGAUAAUAAUUCUACAACUCAGUCAAGAAAUAACGAUGAAUUAAUGUGUGGCGGAGGGAACUUGAGAACUGAGAAAGAGAAUAUGAGGACGGCUCUUUCAAUCCAUACAAACCGUACCGAGUUUGAAAACCAAGACAUGCUGGUCCCCUGGCAUCUCAAAAAGAAGACCAGCAAAAAGAGCAGCGCAACACCCUUUAAGGAGAAUGGACAAGCCUGUGUGGAGGAUACGCCAGUGUACCAUAGGUUCUACCACGUGUUCCAGGAAGGGGAGUUAGAGGGACUGUGCGAGAGGGUGAGUGGGGUGACAGUCAAGAGUUCUCAUUACGAUCAGGGGAACUGGGGAGUUGUCAUCAUGAAAAAAUAAAUUAUUUAUCAAACACAGAGAUUCGGGAAAACUGCUGUUUUAUUUAAAACUUUUUAAAAACAAGACUUUCAAAAUCAUAUUUUGUAAACAUAGACAUGUAUAAUGGCAAAGGUUUUGGGUUCAAAUCCUAUCCGAGCAAUAAGCUCAAGUGGAUUAAUUUUUCACAGGACUCGGGGGGAAAGUACUGAGUUUAGUUGUACAGUGCUUUACAGACAUCGGUGUGUAGGCAAACCAAAUAAUAUUCAUUAUCCUUGAUUCAAAUUUAACAUCUAUUAUUUUGUUGCACUGCUCGCUGCUGAAAAGUAGGAUUUAAACUGUCUCCAGCUACCGGACAAUCUUAGUGGUUUAGUGGUAAGACAUCAGGGCCCAAUUUCAUAGAGCUGCUUAACUGCUUAGUACAGUUACAAAUAAUGUCAAGCUUUCAAGAUGAACGCCAUGGUCUAGUUUACUAAUGCCCUUGUUUAUAGUUGUGUAUAGUAUUGCUUAAACAUCAGCAGUUCAUGAUGGUUGCCUGGUUUGCUUGAGUCUUAUUUCACAGAAUCUUUUGCUCCCUGAUCAUGCGCAUUGUGAAAUGCAUAUGGGCUAAUGCUGAAAUUUGCAAGUUGUUUCAAUGUGUGGUAUAACAAAAAAGUCCUUUUACUUUUGCAUAAAUAUUAAAUUGUUCACAUUUUUAAUCAGCGAAAUACUGUAAAAUAUAUUCUAAGUCUACAAAAAUAUAAAUAAAAUCUAGUAUUUUUCAAACUGAGUAUCGAUGUGAUGACUACAGUGUCUCAACUAAAUUUAGUGCUGUUUAAAACUAAAUAUCUUAGUAGGGCUAUUUUUAUUUACUCGGCUGUAACUUGGG